UCAAAUUUUUGUUGAUUACAUAUGUUUAAAUAAUAGAGUACCUAAUAUACAUACCUACUGAAAAAAAGAAAAAAUAUUUUGAAGAUUAAUUAUUAGUAAAAUAUUUCUUCUUCUAUUCUUCCCAGCUGCAGUAUAAUAAGUAAAUUGCUUUUUAUAGCACGAUAAUAAAAGAUUUUCAAAUAUAAAGUCUAUUAAAUAUUUCAUAUUACCAGUUGGUUCUAAAACAAAUUUUAAUUCACCGCACAUGAUUCAUUAUAAAGCAAUAAGCAAUAACAUAAGCUAGAAUGGGAAUUAAUAGCAGUAUUUAUCAGCAUCAAUGUAAUGGCUUUUCUAAGAAAUCAAGUUCAAGAUUUUCUCAUUCUCAAUAUACAAAAAAAGAAAUGGGAGAAAAAGUUUUACGAGAAGUAAUAACAGAACAAGAUGUCAACAUUUAUGAUGAUAGUAUUCAUAGAACACACGAUCCUAAUAAGAUUAGUAAACACUGUCAUUAUGAGAAUCAAAAAAGUCAAUUCCGUCCAAGUUCUCAAUGUGGACAUUGCAGAAUUAUAUCAAAAAGAAAUUGUACAAAUCAAGAAAUUAAAAAAUAUAAAAGUGAACCAGAUUUAAGGUAUUUAAUGGCACAUGAAGCCAUGCUCAAAGUAUUAAAUUCACGUCAAAAAAUGCAAGAAAUACGUUAUCGAUCAAAGAAGAAGUACAAGGCCCCACCACCACCGCGCGGUGUGACUGGUAAUUCAAAAUUUUCUGAAUUUCAAAUUCAAUCAUCAGAUAAGAGAAAAGCAGUUUUUAAUGAAGAAAAGACACGGAAAAGUAGUAAAAAUGAAUACUCUGUAAAAUAUCACUUGGUACAAUCUUCUCAAUCUCCCAAAAAAUCUCGCCUUUUUAAAUCUCGUGAACAAUCUAAAAAUUCUCAAGUCACUUGCUCUUUAUGCUCUUUGCGUCGCUGUACUCAGCACAAAGUUGAUGGAAAUGAUGACUGUUCCAUAAAAGUUUCAAUAAUUGAUGAUGAUGAUGAUGAUGAUGAUGAUGAGAAUAAUUUGACACGUCACACUGUAAGAAAAGAGAAAAAUCUAGUAUUGCACCAUGAGGAAAUUAACAGUUGCAAUAGUAGUGUGAGAAAAAGAUUUUUAAACUGGAACAAUAAAAAUUUUCUCCAAAGUAACAAUACCCAAUCUCGGCCAAUACAAUCAACCUAUAAAAUAAACUACGAAUCCUUCGAAAAAGAUUCCUCUAGUGAAAUAAAAGCUUGCUAUUUAAUAAAAAAAGACAGGGAGAAAAAUCAACCUCAGUUCAAUAGUCUACAACAAGAUAAUUUAUCAUCAAAAAUUUCUCAAAACCAAAGGGAAAACUCAGUUUUCAUUAAUGACGAGAGGAAUAAAAGUGAAAUAACAAAUUUCAUGGAAACGCAAAAUCAGAAAUCGGUCAAUAACACAUUUUCCAAUUUACUUUCCUUAAACACUGAAAAUCUUGACAAAAUUCAAGAUUUGAUGACAAAUCAUCAGUCGUAUAUUUUAAAAUCGUAUAAUGAUAAUAAUAAUUUGCAUCAAUUGAAAAAACCUAAAAGCACUUCAUUACAUAGGGAAAUAAAUGAUAUUAAAUUAUUAAAUGAUGAAAAUUAUUUAACUAUUCAAAAGUCGACUAAUGAUCAUACGAAAAUCGAUAUUGAUGAAAAAGAGAAUAAAUUGAACAAGAGUGAAACUUAUUCAAGUACAAAUGAAGCGAAUAAAUGUAUCAAGGAAAGCAGAUAUUUUGUUGACUUUUUAAGUAAAGAGAGCUGCAUUAGAAAUGAAGGAUCAGAAGAAGAAAAUAAUUGUUUUAAUAUACCCUCCAUCAAAAACAAGAAGAAUAUUGCGGAAAAUCCUAAAGGUUUAUGUCGGAAAGAUGAUGAUAUUUUAAGUGGAAGCUAUGUAAUAAGUAAUAAAAACCCACUUUCAAAAAGGGACAAAAAUUCAUCAUCAAGUAUACAAAAAGAAAUUUCUCAAACAGGAGCUGAAUCAAAAAGCAGUAGUAGCUACUUGAAUCAAAGCACAAAUACAUUUCCAAUUUUUAAUUAUUCAAGAAUAAAAACAUUCUAUUUUGGUAUGGACAAUGCCGAAGAAUUUAAUCAAGAUUAUCAACAGCAAAGGCAAACCAACGGGAAUUUUUUUAAAUCGAAUAACUUGGAAAACGACGAGAUGAACAUUCAAAGUGAAACAGAGGGUAUUGCUUUGAGUUUGAGGCCAACGUUACCAAAAAAGCCACCCGAAAUACCAAGAUUUUCUCCAUCUGAUGCUUGGAAACUACUUACUGAAGCAUCUGAACCAACGAGUUCAGCUGUCAGCGAUGAAAUACCUGUGACAAUUCAUGAGCAAAAGGAUGAGUCUUAUCCAUUACUAAUUACAUACCAACGAAAUACACAUGAUAAAUCUGGAGACUCUGGAAUAUCUGCAGAGGGUGGUGGUGACUUGAGACCCUUAAGAACGACUUGGACUCCACAACAAGACUUGGAUGAUGAGUCAAGUGGUGAUGAUGCUUUAUACAAUUCGCCACAUGAAAAUUCUUUUCAAUUACAACCACACGUAUUUUCACUCUCCCUUCCUCGUUCUUGCUAUGCAGCAGCAGCAGCAGCAGCAGCAAUAACUAAAACAAAACAAGAAAUGCUUCUCUGCGAUUCUCUUCAAAAACUAAAGCACUCCGUUUCUGGUGUAUUUGGAUUUACACCACAACAACACGAAGACAAACCAUCAUUAACAACAAACACUCUAGAUGACAAUUGGUUUUUAUCCUCAAGUGCACCAACUUCUUUACAAAAUUAUUACAUUAAUAACAAUGAUGAAAUUUGUCGAUUAAUUAGCACAGAAGACACGAAUGAAGAAACAGGUGAAAAGAAGAAAAAGACUGUUGAAGCAAACAGCUUUUCGGAAAUACCUCAAUUCUCAUCAAUUUCAAAAGCAGGUCAUGUCAUGUAUCUUCCAGAUACAUUUAAUAAUUCAAAUUUGCAAUUUACAAAAAGGCAACAGCAAAUUAUUAAAUACAAAAAAUAUAAAGACUCUAAGAAUACGUCUUAUUACAAUGAAAAUACAUUUAAUAAUACGGAAAAAAAUGUCAACAUAAAUUCUAGCAGAAAGCUUUCAAAAUCGUGUGAGAAUGUUUCGUGUGAAACAAGAAUAAAAUGUCCCCAAUCAUCAAAUAACAUGGCUAACAAAAAUAUUGCUGAAAGUAACAAAAAUAAUUACAUGAAUGAUGUAAUAAAGGAUAUAAACAAGAAAAUUUUUAAUAGACCAAGAAAAUUUACAUUUCAAUCCACAGUGAGACAAAUUGAAAGGCGACGAUUAGCAGAGAAACUUUCAAAGGAAGCAGAAGCUAAAGAGAAUCAAAGAAAGAAUGAAUUAGACGCUAUGAUAAAAGUUGAAGAGGAAUUUCAAAAAAAACGAAAUAAGGAAAAUAUAAUUUAGAUAUAUAUAUAUAUACAUAAAUGUUUCCAUAUGUACUCAAUUUUUUAUAUUAAAAACACAUGUUAUUUGUUAAUUAUU